AUGGCAUCUUCUCAAUCAGCACGAAAGCUCAGAGUGGGAAUCGUCGGCGCCGGGGACGUCGCUCAAGUUGUUCACCUCCCAACUCUUGCAUUGCUCAACCAUCUAUACUCUGUGAUAUCCAUCUGCGAUAUUUCACAGCAGACUGUUGACCAUGCCGCAGCCAGGUUCAAUGUCUCGCACAAGACCAUCAAUCCCUCCGAGACCAUCUCCCAUCCAGACGUCGAUCUUGUCAUGAUCUUAGCCGCCGACGAAUACCACGAACCGCUCUGCAUAUCAGCUCUCAAAGCUGGGAAGCUCGUUUUUAUAGAAAAGCCCAUUACACUUUCGAUGCCCUCUGUCCAACGAAUAUUGGAGGCCGAGAAAGCUACAGGUGGGAACAAGAUCUUCGUUGGUUAUAUGCGUCGAUACGCGCCUUCGUUCACCGAAGCCUUCCUGCGAGAAGUUGCCAGCAUCCCUCGAAUUAUGUACGCAAGAUCUAGGGACAUUAUCGGCCAGAACGAACAUUUUGUCAACCAGAGUGGAACGAGUCCAAGGAAGUAUACAGACUUCCCAGCGAACGCUGCACAAGACCGGAAGGUUCAUUUGGACAAGUUGUUCGCAGAGGCAUUUCCAGGUCGAGCUGUCUCUGAGAAAGAUAUCCAAUAUUGCCGUUUUCUGGGUAGCCUUGGCUCUCACGAUCUGUCCUUGAUGCGUGAAGCUCUUGGCUUUCCAGAAUCUGUCACUGGUGUCUCAGCCAAUGAGCCAUUCUACUCUGCAAUGUUCAACUAUCGGAACAAGUCUGGAGAGCCCUUUUCCGUCACGUACGAGAGCGGGAUCGACCAUGUUCCUCGAUUUGAUGCGCAUUUAGCCGUGUAUGGAGAACGGAAGACGGUGAGCAUUCAGUACGACACGCCGUUUGUCAAAGGCUUGCCUAUCAAAGUCAAAGUCGACGAGUUCAACGAGGCUGGAGAGUCGUCUUCGAGCGAGAUAUUGUCCAGCUUCGAAGAUCCAUAUACUGUCGAAUUGAAGGAAGUGUAUGAAUGCUUUGUCAAUGGGAAGGCGAUCAAGACCACAGCAGCGGAUGCUUCGAUGGAGUUGCAGCUGUAUGAUAUGAUGUACAAGCAGCUUGCAAGGCAAGGCUAG